AUGAAUCUGGCAACAGGAACGCGGACGCUGUGGCGAGCACCGCGACUAUUUGUUCAGCUGCGGACUGUCUCGACGUUGUCCAAUAACCCUCAUAUAGUAAGGUCUACGUAUCCCCAUACAGCUCACCCGCUACAGAAACUAACUCGAGUUAUUGCGCAGUAUGUUUUUAAAGAUCCUCAAAACCCUAUCGCCCAUAUCCUGUCUCUCCUCCCCACAGACCCUCCGACUCGGUCACUAGCCAUUGGCACUACCUCCCAACUCCCACCUACGCCGCGAUCGUUCACCGAGAACCCCAAGUUCCUCCCUAUUCUGCACUCAGUGAUUAGCGAGAAUGCCGCUUCCGACCCGGAGGUCCAGUCCCAAGCUGCGGUGAUGAUAUCUUCAUCUGGAUCCUCAUUCUUACACACGGCUCGCCGCCAACAGACGGGCUCUUCAGGUGCCAGCGACCAGGGCGGCCAUGGCAGCGCAGGUCGGGGAGGCUGGUUGCACGUCUCCGACCAGCGGCGCAUCCCGGAUUUUGGACGCAUCGCAGAGCCAGAAGAUAUCUUUGGCAGUGUGGAGGUCGAUGGUCACGGAAAAUUCGUUGAUGGUCAUGGGGGGUAUCAGCCCAGUGGAACGUAUCGGAUAUGCACGAAUGAUGGGAUUCUGGGCCUGACGGAUUUCAUGAGGCAGAAGUUGGUCGAGAGGCUGAAGGUGCAAGAGGCGGCGGAGAAGAACAAGCAGUGA